UCGUUUCUGGAGAGAGGGUCGCGACGCCGCUACCAAACUCAAAACUCUUCUCUCUCUAACUUCUUCCCGUUCUACCCCUAUCGAGCAACGAUGGCCAUGGACGACGGCGACGCCUGCUCCGACGAUUCCACCUCCUCUUCCCAAAAUGCCCCUCCCUCCCGCCCUCCCCUUCCCAUAAUGGCCCUGCGCCAGAAAAUCGUCGACAAGAUCCAGGCGAAUCGCGUCACUCUCAUCGUCGGCGAGACUGGAUGCGGAAAGAGUUCUCAAGUUCCACUAUUCCUCCUAGAAGAAAAUAUGGAACCCAUAGUGUGUACUCAGCCUAGAAGAUUCGCUGUUGUAACAAUUGCAAGGAUGGUUGCUGAAGCUCGUAACUGUGAGGUGGGUGGUGAGGUUGGAUAUCAUAUUGGCCAUUCAAAUAUCACGAAUGUCACAUCAACAAGAUCAAAAUUGGUUUUCAAAACUGCUGGCGUUUUAUUGGAACAAAUGAGGGAUAGGGGUCUUGCUGCGCUGAAAUAUAAAGUUAUAAUUCUUGAUGAAGUGCAUGAGCGUUCUGUGGAAUCUGAUCUUGUUCUUGCAUGUGUAAAGCAAUUCAUGUUGAGAAGCAGUGAUCUGAGGGUGGUUUUGAUGUCUGCUACGGCUGAUAUUGCAAGAUAUAGAGAUUACUUCAGAGAUCUUGGUAGGGGAGAAAGGGUCGAAGUGAUUGCAAUUCCAAGCACCCCACAACAUAGCAACUUCCAGCGGGAAGUUAUAUAUCUUGAACAGGUUGCUGAACGUGUUGGGUUAGCACCAGAAAAUUCUGAGUCAUUGUCAUCAAGUUACUGCUCUGGGCAGAAUUGUUAUGCUGACGCUGACUUGAACCCUCCAGUGUACGAGCUUAUUCAUACAUUAAUCUUGCACAUACAUGAAAACGAACCUGAUACCAAGAAGAGUAUACUAGUGUUUCUUCCAACAUAUUUUGCUCUGGAGAAGCAAUGGGUUCUUUUAAAGCCAUUCAAGUCACGUUUCAAAAUACAUAUCCUUCAUAGUAGCAUUGGCACUGAUCAAGCACUCUUGGCUAUGAAAAUGUGGGAAUCCCACCGUAAGGUUAUAUUAGCCACGAAUAUAGCAGAAUCAUCCGUCACUAUACCAGGGGUUGCGUUUGUCAUAGAUUCAUGUAGAUCUUUACAGGUCGUUUGGGACCCCAUUACAAAGAAUGACACAGCAGAGCUUGUUUGGGUGUCAAAAUCUCAGGCUGAACAACGCAAAGGCAGGACAGGUCGAACCUGUGAUGGUCAGAUCUAUCGAUUGGUCACUCGGACAUUUUAUAGUAGCCUCGGCAAUUAUGAACAUCCAGCAAUAUUAAAAUUAUCAUUGAGGCAUCAGGUCCUCAUGAUUUGUUGUGCAGAAUCUAAAGCCAUUAAUGACCCCAAAGCAAUGUUGCAGAAGGUUCUUGAUCCCCCUGACCCGGACACUGUUGAAGAGGCAUUGGAUUUUCUUGUUCAUAUUCGUGCACUGGAGCAAACUUUUAGCCCCAGGGCCAGAUAUGAGCCUACAUUCUAUGGUCGUUUACUUGAUAGUUUACCUUUAUCUUUCGAUGCUUCAGUUCUUGCUCUCAGGUUUGGUGAGAUAGGGUUACUUCAGCAAGGGAUUCUGAUUAGCAUACUAAUGGAUAUCCAGCCUUUACCUAUCCUUCAACCUUUUGGCAAUCCAGAUUUGUUCACAAAGUAUGUAAGCAAUUACUUCGAUGUCAACUCCAGCAAUACUUUAGAAGCCACGAAGAAAGAAACUGCGCUAAUUGGCAACCUGUGUGCAUUUCAAUUCUGGCAGCAUGUUUUUAAGGAUAAACACCGGCUCGAGCGAGUAAAAGAAAUCAUCAAGGGUAGUGAGCCAAAAACAUCCCAGUCACUGAUCUCUGAGCUUGAAGAGGAAUGGUGUUCACUCCACAAUAUCAUGCAGACAUCAUUGCGUAACAUAGCCGAAAUUUAUGAAGAUGUGAUCAGUGAACUGCACCGUUUCCGUCCUGCUUUUCUUGCUGCCAAUAGACUUCACAUUUACCAUGAGCCUAGUGCGUUUAAACAUACCUGCACUUUACAGUCUGAGCUGUUGCACAGGAUGAAUGGGCUUAAGCUGGAUGAAGAGAACCUUGAUUUGGUUGAUAAUAAGGGAUGUCUUGCUACACCAUAUGUUACUUCCAGUGACUUCCAUGCCAUUGCUGUAUUUGAGAAGUUGAAAUCAGUUAUCAAAGAGUUACGGAUGCUGUAUACAAAAGAAACUACUUGGAGCAGUGAUGAAACUGUUAAUUCUAUAGCUCCAGACACCAUAGGGGUUGCUUUAUGUCGAUACUUCAUUAAUGGAUCAUGCACCAGAGGAAAUCAAUGUUUCUUUUCUCACUCUCUUCAGGCCAAAAGGCCGAUGUGCAAAUUCUUCCUUACACUGAAGGGUUGUCGUAAUGGUUCUUCUUGCAACUUUUCCCACGACUAUGAACCUAGUAAUUCUGUUAUCACAUUAUCUAUCAAUUCCUCUCAAGAAGAUAAAGCAGUUUCAGCUUAUUCUAUUCUGCAAAUGUUACCUACAACUGGCUCUGGUUGUGUUCUUGUAUUGGGUGACAAGGAUCUGAAAUUCACAUCUAGUCUCUCACAUCUCUAUGAUCCAACUAAAUUGAUUGUUACCACUCCUCAUGCUUACUCCUCUGAGUUAGUAGGCUCACUGAAUGAUGUUAAAAUAUUAUGGAAUCUGAGCGAGCCCUCCAACUCAAUCAUUGAAACUAAAGGAAAGGUUCUCAUUCCUUGGAAAAAAGUGCAGUCUGUAUUAUGGUUUGUUGAAACCAAUGAGGAUGAUUCUAACGUCCAACGCCGUCUCAUUCAGAAUUUCUUUGAGCUUCUUGCCAUUAGAGUUUUGGCUGAGGCCUUGUAUGAUCUGCAGGUGAUUGUCACCAUGAACAACAUCAGAUUCGCCCAAUUGCAGGUAGAGAGAUUGGCAAGGGAAUGUUUCUUUUUCCUUGGUCAAUCAUUUCCAUUCGAUGAAUUCACAUUCGGGAAGUUCGUGGAUCCAAUUGGCAUCACAAGACCAAUGCAAGCCUGUGCACCUAUUUCAUACGUUUUCAAUAUGCGCCGGCCAGCUGAGCUACAAUCUGGAACCUAUGUGGCUGAGCUUCGAAAGUGUUUAUAUGAUGAAGCAGGCAACUGUUAACCUCUGCGAAUAGGCAAGAUUUAAUGUGGAUAUAUAUAUGGUAAUAAUAAGCAAAAAUUUAGAAAAUUAUAUGGUCAAAAGUUUAAAUUUGUACCAAAAAAAAAUCAUGGGGUUUGCA